UUUAGAGUUUAUUAUUAAUAUCAUACAAACAUAAGGACACAUCAUUCAAAACAAAACAAAGUCUACUGUCAUGUGGUAAAUUUUGAAUUCUGUAUUUUCUGUAAAUUCAAAUUUACAACAUGACCCUACCCACACAUUUACCAAAGAUAAUUUUUUUGUAAACUCUCUAUUGCAAGUACGUAUUUUAAACAUUAUAAAAUGAAGACUUUAUAAAGCCAUGUUAACCAGUUUGAUCGUGAGAUAUCCAACUAAUUAAUGAAAAUGAAAUAAUUUUGAGUACUUCAACAAAUUCUCGGAAUAUCAAAAGGUCGGAACACGCAAUAUAUGCUGUAAAAAUUGACACUCACAUUAAUAUUUUCAAACGCUGACGACACCAAUGCCUUGCUUGUUCGUGAAAAUUGCCCAAAAACAAUAAAGGUAUUAAUCUCGCAAUGAUUGUUUAGCAGUUACGUAAGCACAGUUUCAAAUAUUCAUACAAAAAUCCAGAAACCAUCGCUAAGGAAACAGAUUUGACAAUAACUUGCAAUUUCUUUCUGUCUGUGUGUCUAAGCACUCGCACACUGUGCAGAAAGCAAAUAUCGAUUUUGUUUUACCAAGAUGGACAAGUUAUAGUGAAGAUGCGAAUAGGCCGUCCCCUUUCGAAGCGCUUCAUGGAAUCGGAUUGCUGACAUGGUUUAUCGUUUAUCCAAGGCAGACACCGAGAACAAUCAUUUCAGUUCCAUUACAUCUGAAUGAAUUCUGCAAAAAGAGGCAUGUAAACCAACCGAAUAGGAUUAUGUUCUUCGUCCGCCGUGUCGCAAAGGACAAUGUAUCUAAAAUAUUAACUCUGAAAUUGACACAAGAGUGCUUCCAAGAAAAUCGGUUUCUUCCUGAUUUUUCUCUGCGGGGGCAUUAGAGAGAAAGUGUCACUUUCAGACAAGCUGUUUUCAACCAAAAAAAAAAAGACCUAAAAAAAUAGUCCGUUGCUUCAAAAGUAUUUUUCAUGCCGUUUUCAGUGGGGCUGGCGGAUGGUAAGAUUUUGUCAGAUUUGUCCUUUGGUAAAAUUCUUAAUGUGGAAUAACAGGAAAUCGUCAAUGGUGCAUGAGAUUGGUGACGGAUUUUUUUCACUGACUUUUACCCGAGUGUUGCUGGAACAGGGUCUCGCGCGGAUUAUACAAUGGAUUGUUGUAGCAAGAAGCGAGCGCUGAUGGUUCUGACAAGUGCAUGUGCUUGUGCUGCAUUCGGAUUACUGGCCAUUGGCGUUUCUACCGACUACUGGCUGUUCACAAGUGAUCUCCAGAAAGAGGAACUCAACGACACAGACAAAUACGAAAAUCACUGGUCUGGGCUGUGGCGCACGUGUAGAGUGGAUGGUUAUUUUCCAACAAGAAUGGACUGCAAUUAUAUCAUGUACUUCACCCCAAGCGACGAAAAAGAAGGUUUACCUCAGACUCAAGCAAUUUUAUUAACGAUGAGGAGGUCCACAUGGUUCCCUCUUGCAAGUCUUCUUAUUCUACUGAUUGGAACCAUCAUCUGUUUUGUUGGCCAGUGCAAAUCGAGGAGAAAAAGCUUGACAUUUGUCUGUGGUAUCUUGUUUGUUCUAGCAGGUUUGUGUACUCUGGUAGGCAUUAUUCUCUACAUAGGCAGCAUCACAGAGGAAGUAGGCAGUAAAGGGAAACCCAGCGGCGACGAAAAAGUCCCGUUCAAGUAUAAUUACGGGGCGUCUUUUAUCAUGACGGUCUGCUCCUUUGUUCUGACCGAGUUAUCGGGAGUGUUUUCCGUAUAUCUCUACAUCACCCGCUACAAACAAAAGCAUAGGAAAAAACUACAACAAAUGUUAAAAGGGGAGCAAAACGAUCGAGGAAAUAGAUGGAGAUAUCGUAAACCUACAAAUCACAGCCGCGAGAGGUCAGCCUCAAGGGAACGUUGUUCUAGGGACCAUUCUAUGAGUCGAUCUGAUAGUUACUACACAUAUACCCCAAUAUCAGACAAUGUUUCUAAUGAACUCUCAAACUAUACAUUCCCAAGGGAAGUGUCUAGAAAUACCAUAUCAACUACUGUCGAUACGCAUGCGCCGCCUCGCUGCGACUAUCGUGAUCACGUGGUACGAGAAAACAACACUACCAGAGAACUUAUGACUAUUCCACUUCCUCCCGAGGCGAUAGUGAGACGAACGACGCCCGUGUGAGGGGAUUUUGUCCUCAUUUUUUUUUUUAAUUUUUGGUCAACCAUUCGGUGCUCUAUGACAAUCAAACGGCUGACUAAAGGCACAAAAACACAUACAGUUUCCAUUUUGCCAUUUUCAAAAAAGAGGUUAUAAAAGGUGGUAGACAAACUGCGGUGUCAUAAUGUAUAGUUUUUACAAGCCUGGCGUUAAAAAGAACUCUAUUUUAGUACAUGAGCAUGACUUGGUUUGAAUAUUUUGAUAUGUAUGAUAUACAGAGAAAUUUAUAAUACUGCCAGUGACCAUGGUUUUGUUUGGAUUGUUUUUUUUUUUUUUACAUGUUUUCUUCACAUCGUUGGUAUUCGUGUCAGCAGGACAUCUAGUCUUGCAAAUCAUUAAGGCAAACUUGCAUUUUUGAUAAUGGUCCAUACAUUUGGUUUCAUACAAACAAUUGCAUUCAUAUGUCAUGUGAAAAAAUAUUUCAUGUUUUCAUCAUGUGAUCAAAUUGAGUGAUUUCUGGACCAUGGUAUGUAUAUAAUGAUAAACAGUCUAUACCAUGUCAAACUUUGCAUCGAAAGAGAGAGAACUGCGUUUGUACUCCUUAAAUGUGUCUGAUCAAAGACUGAAUGUUGUUUUUUGUGUGUGAUCCUUAAUUGUGCAUGCUUAGUAAGGUCUGUGUAAAUGAGCAAGGAUUUAGAGUUUCAACCUAGUUUUGAAAAAUCCAAAUUUAGAACAAACAAAAAAAUGUGGGUGGAGGCUGCAUACAGAUUUAGUAUUUUUAGCGCGAAUCGUAUUCCAUGCUUGUGUAUAUUCGCCUGUGACGAACUGUAUUUUUCAUAUAACUCAUUGUCUAUGCGAAAUAGAUCAAUUGUUCAGAAGAAUUGAAAAUACAAAUUCUUUCUCUUUCUUUUGUACUUUGAAGUUUGAACUCAUAAAUGUCGUAGGAGAUACGUUCAGUUUUAUUGCUUUCUCUAUCGAACAUUAUGCAUAUGUUAAAUGUUGAUUAGUUUAUUAUGUGUAAUUUUUGUAAAUUUCUACAAUUUGUAUGUACAUGUACAGUAUAUCUUGAAACCAUUUGUGUCAUAGCAAAAUUUGCCAUUAUAUAUUCGCUCUUUGGUUCGAAUAUCUAUAUAAAGUGACAGCAUCAUAUAUAUAUUGAAGAUAU